AGAAUAAUGACUGACAAUCAGCUUGAGAGUAGUACGUCAUGUCUCUUCAAUGUUAAAGGCGGAAGUGAAACGAAAAUGGCAAAAAAUGUGCGGUUAAAAAGUAUGACAGAUGCUUAUAAAUCUAUCAUAAAAAUGAUUGGUGAGAAUCCGGAUAGACCUGGACUACUGAAAACACCGGAACGAGCGGCAAGGGCAAUGCUUUAUUUUACCAAAGGCUAUCAAGAAACUCUUGCAGAUAUAGUGAACGAUGCAAUAUUUGACGAGAAUCAUGACGAAAUGGUUUUGGUACGCGAUAUUGAAAUGUUCUCAUUGUGCGAACAUCACGCAGUUCCAUUUUUUGGUAAAGUUCACAUAGGGUACUUGCCACACCAAAAAAUAUUGGGCUUAAGUAAAUUAGCUCGAGUUGUGGAAAUGUUUUGUCGGCGAAUGCAAGUACAGGAACGAUUAACAAAACAAAUUGCCAAAGCGAUUGUUGAAGCUGUGGAGCCCUGUGGUGUCGCCGUUGUCAUUGAAGCAACCCAUUUAUGCAUGGUGAUGAGAGGGAUUCAAAAGGUUAAUGCAAUAACCACAACCAGUUGUAUGCUGGGCGAAUUUCGUGAUAAUCCAAAAACCAGAGAAGAAUUUCUUCAGUUGAUCAAAAGCUAA